CCGCGCAGGGAGCGGGGGGCGGGGCCUGGGAGGGACCGGCGGCGCUCGGAGCGCGGCCCGGAUCGGCCGCGGGGCCGGGGCGCGGAGCCCGGAGGCUACACCGGCCCGAGUCGCCGCCCGCUGGCCGCCACGUCCUCCGCCCGGCGCGCGGCGCAGGACACCGUGGCCACUCAGCAUGUCCCAGCGACACUCGGACAGCUCCCUGGAAGAGAAGCUGCUGGAAUACCGCUUCCACUCCGAGCUGCGGCUCGAUGCCAGGGGGAACCCGGCGUCCGGGCUCCCGAUGGUGCGGGGCGCCCUGCAGCUCAGGGACAACGAAGGCUUCCAGCUCGAUACCUCGGUGCCCCCCUCUGUGUCCCCUAAGGACGAGGAGCCACGGGCUGUCGUCCUGAGCACGCAGAGCCCCGCGGCCCUCAAGAUGGGCACUCAGCAGCUGAUCCCCAGAAGCCUGGCCGUGUCGAGCAAGGCCAAGACCCCGGCCCGCCACCAGAGCUUCGGGGCGGCCGUGCUCAGCAAGGAGGCCGCCCGGCGGGACCCCCGGCUCCUGUCAGCCCCCAGCUUCUCCCUGGACGACAUGGACGUGGACGCGGGCCCCGGGGGGGCGCUGAGACGGAACCUACGGAACCGAUCCUACCGGGCGGCCAUGAAGGGCCUGGAGGCGCCGGGCGGGGAGAGGGGCCCCCUCCAGCUCAGCCCCAAGCUCCAGGCCCUGGCGGAGGAGCCCAGCCAGCCUCCCGCUCGGUGCCCGGCCAAGAAUAAGAGGACACUGGGGCGGAAACGUGCACACAAGGGCUCCUUCAAGGACGACCCCAGGUUCUACCAGGAGAUCCGGGAGCGGGGCCUCAACACCAGCCACGAGUCUGACGACGACCUGCUCGACGAGCCGUCCAGCCCCGACGGAACCGGGAAGGCGGACGCCCCCAUCGUGGUCAAGAGCUACCGGCCGGCACAGAUCACCUGGAGCCAGCUCCCGGAGGUGGUAGAGUCCGGCAUCCUGGACAGGCUGCCUGCUGAGGAGCGCAAGAGGCAGGAGGCCAUCUUUGAGAUCCUCACGUCGGAGUUCUCGUACCAGCACAGCCUGGGCAUCCUGGUGGCCGAGUUCCUGCAGUCCGGGGAGCUGCAGGCAACGAUGACCCAGAUGGAGCGUCAUCACCUCUUCUCCAACAUCCUGGACGUCCUGAGCGCCAGCCAGAGGUUUUUCGAGGCCCUAGAGCAGCGGCACAAGGCGCAGGUGUGCGUGGAGGACAUCAGCGACAUCCUGGAGGAACACGCGGAGCAGCAUUUCCACCCCUACGUCGCCUACUGCUCCAAUGAGGUCUAUCAGCAGCGCGCCCUGCAGAGGCUGAUGAGCAGCAACGCCGCCUUCCACGAGGCCCUGAGGGAGAUCGAGAAGCGUCCCGCGUGCGGGGGUCUCCCCAUGAUCUCCUUCCUCAUCCUCCCCAUGCAGAGGGUGACCCGGCUGCCCCUCCUGACAGACACCCUCUGCCUCAAGAGUCAGGGCCACCCUGAGAGGUACAAGGCCGCCAGCCGUGCGCUCAAGGCCAUCAGCAAGCUGGUGAGACGGUGCAACGAGGGAGCCCACAAGAUGGAGCGCACGGAACAGAUGUACACCCUGCACACGCAGCUGGACUUCGGCAAGGUCAAGUCCCUCCCGCUGAUCUCUGCCUCCCGCUGGCUGCUGAAGCGUGGGGAGCUCUCUGUGGUGGAGGAAACCGGGCUUUUCCGAAAACUGGCCAGCCGGCCCACGUGCUACCUGUUUCUGUUCAACGACGUCCUGGUGGUCACCAAGAAGAAGAGCGAGGACAGCUUCGUGGUGCAGGACUACGCCCAAGUGGACCACAUCCGGGUCCAGAAGACGGAGGCCUCCGACCCCUCCCUGCUGGGGGGCGGCGGCAGCCGCGGCUCCUCCGUGCCGCACCCCUUCCAGGUGACCCUGCUGCACAACAGCGAGGGCCGCCAGGAGAAGAUCCUGCUGUCGUCCGACUCCGCGAGUGACCGGGCCCGCUGGAUCGUGGCGCUCACACACAAGGAGAGGCAGAGUCCCGCCAACAAAGGAGACCUGCCCCAGGUGGAGGUCACCAAGGCCUAUCUGGCCAAGCAGGCGGACGAGAUCACCCUGCAGCAGGCGGAUGUGGUCCUGGUUCUGGAGCAGGAAGACGGAUGGUUCUACGGCGAGAGGCUGAGAGACGGGGAGACGGGCUGGUUCCCUGAGGACUUCGCCCGAUGCAUCACCAGCCGCGUGGCCGUGGAGGGCAACGUGCGCAGAAUGGAGCGCCUGCGCGUGGAGACAGACGUGUAGCCCGCUCUGCCCGGCGAUUCGAGGGGCGCAGAUCCACCGGCCCCCGGGAGCCUGACAGCCCGCGGGUCUCCCGAGGCGCUGGGGGCUGCAGUGCCGGCUGCAGACACAUCCGGUGGGAAGCCCGCACGCACCGUCCCCCCCGGGGGCCACCCUCCCCCAAGCUGUCAGGGCCACGCCAGCCAGCUUGGCCCCACGUCUCCCACACGUCCUGCACCCACCGCACCGCCACGCAGGGCACGUGACUGGACGCAGGACGUGGCCCGGCUCCUCCCUCGCCUCUCCUGCCCCCCACGUGGGACCGAGGGCCCCACUCUCUGAGAGGAGGUCCCGCCUGAGGGAGCGGACUCUGGUGCCAGUGCUGAAAUCCUGACUGAGGUUUUCACAGACAUUAAAGAAAGUAUUUCUUUA